UAUGUUUACAAUCCCUUCCGGGAAAGGAUCGUUUGUCAAAAGCCAAACUAGCUCAAGAUUGCACCUGUCAGAAUUGCUAUUUAUCUAGAUGGCAUAAUACGAUACAAAGUUUAACUAAGUAUCAAGUAAAGUAUAUAAUCAGAAAAGCGUUAGCUAGCUUAUUGAAGUACAUAAGUAGUACAGAUUGGCUAGGAUUGGAAACCAUUGUUUGUAGUUUCUUUUAGUUUAGCUAGCUAAAAACCAACCCGUGACUGCUAUGGCUGCUGUUGACAGUUUUGAGCUUUUGUAUAGAGAAAUUGCUCGGUCAUGCAAUUCAUGUGUGGAAACCCUAGCCGUUGUGGGUGCUCUGUAUACAGCCAGCAAAGCUGUCAUCCUCGUGCGGGACUGCUACAGCUUUGUCAGGGUGCAUUUCCUUCCUCGACUGAUGCCAAGCGUGCGCCUUGGCCGCCGUUUUGGUGAAUGGGCUGUCAUUUAUGGUGCUUCAGAGGCCAUAGGGAAAGCCUAUGCAGAGGAGCUUGCCAGGCAGGGCAUCUGCAUCAUCCUGAUAAGCCAAGAUGGUGCCAGUGUCACUGACACAGCCAAGGCCAUAUCUGAGACUCACAGAGUGGAUACAAUGGUGCUUGUGGCAGACUUCAGUCAGGGCCAUGCAGCUUGCAAGCCUGUCAAAGACGCUUUGCGGGACAAAGACAUAGGCUUUCUGGUUAACUGUGUGGAUGACUCCCUUCGCAACUCGCCAAACUUUACUGGUCUGUCUGAAGACCUGUUAUGGGACGUAAUCAACAGAAAUAUUGCUGCCACCACACUGAUGACGCGCCUGGUUCUACCUGGCAUGGUAGAGAGGAGACGUGGAGCAGUAGUGAACAUCUCUUCUGGGGCAUGUUAUAGACCCUCUCCAAGCAAAGCUGCUCUCUCUGCGUCUACGGCUUACCUUGACAACUUUUCCCGGGCUCUGCACCAUGAAUAUGGUCGUCAGGGAAUCUUUGUGCAAAGUCUGGUACCUUUCCAAGUGGCGCCCCAUGGAGCAUCAGCAGGCGGGUGGCUAAUACCGCAGUCAGAUGUGUAUGCCCGUCAUGCCAUCUCCACCCUGGGCAUCUCACACAGGACCACAGGCUAUUGGCCCCAUACACUGCAGUUUCGACUUGUGCAGUCAAUGCCAGAAUGGAUUUGGGUCUUGGGGUCACGUAUGCUCACAAGCUCAUGCUGAAAGGUCUCCAGAAACGGAACUCCAGCAGCUGAACUCAUGACAACAAAGUUAUGUCUAGCUGGUAGUCAUACAGUCAUCAUACAGAUGAUAUUACACUAGUAUCAUACAGAUAAUAUUACACUAAUGAGUGAAUUAGUGUGUGCAAUGAUUGUAUCUUGAAUUGCAUAAAAAAUUAUAUUUAUUCAUAGUUUAUAAUAAUACUAAAGAAUCUCCAGGAGUGUAGUGCCCAAAUUAUGUUGAUGACGUCUGUGAAAUGCACAGAUAUGGGAGGUGAUGGAGAUAUUUUUUGCAGUGAUUUGAGGUUUAUUUGACCAACUGUGAUCAUUGAGGUGUUUAACUGGCAUUCCUAUGUAAAGAGUUGUUUUGAUACAACGGACAGUAUACUUGAGAAUAGAUUUUGAAAUGGGUUAUUUUUUAUUUAGUGAUGUGCUGUGAUUAUAAUUAUUGGUGAUAUGAUUGCAGAAACAACUUGUGUGCUUGUGAAUGACUUUUCAUGUAGUCUAUGCUUGGUGAAUAUGCAUAUGUUAUACAUUUUUUAUUAUGCUAUGCAUCUCAAUAAAUAUGGUCCUUACUAGAUAA